AUGAGUCUCAACAGCACACCACAGAGGGUGGAACAGAAGUUUCAUCUGGCAUCCAAAGAGACCCUAAAGCCAGUCAUCCGUGCGGUCUUAGAACGGCUGACGGCGCAAAACUGGCAGAGACUGGAGACUGGGUUUCUUGACCCAGAUACCUCCUCUCUUCUGACAGAUUUGUGUGUCACUAUAAUUGAAUUUUUGGGGGAAAGUCUCUAUGAGUCUUUAAGCAGGAGACUUGAAAAACAGAAAGGAUCUGCUACACCUGUGUGUGAGGAGGACGUGCAAGAAUGUUUAGGGAACAUGGGUGAAGUCAUCACACAGACUGUGGCAGAAAUCCAGGGUGUAGGUGACAUCCACUACCUUAAGUGUGAGCAGAUGACAGAAGUCAUGGUCACAGCAGUCACAGAGAGAGUAAACUCCAGGCUGUCUAAAACAAGUGACACUGCCGACUCGGAGGAGCACAAGCCCCCUCCCAUUUGUCUAACCAAACUGACUGGACACUUGAAGGCGAUUCUCAAAAAGUGCUCCAGAAAGGCGAGUAAAAUGAUGACUAAAAAGAAGCUCAAGAAAGCUCGGGAAGGUGAGAUGUCAACGUCACACCAGGAGAAGAGGGUGGAGGAGACUGAGGAUACAGCUCAAGCUGAGCAGGAGUUUGAGAAAGUCGAAUCAACCUGCACUCUGCAGGAAAAGGAAGAGGUGGUGGUGGAAUCCACUCCGACCUCUGUAGCUGUUCUUCAAAUCCUGGUUGAACAACUGGAAAAGAUUUCUCAUGAUUCUCUGAGUUACUUCACAGAGGAAGAAGAUAGCCUGCUUCUUUCUAAAACCAGCAAGGACUCAGAGUUAUCAGAGUUAUCAUUUCGGAUUGUAGAAGCUUUUUCAAAUGAGGCUUCACAGGACCUGGUUGGAGAGAAACAAUCAUGCACAAAAGAGACCUUAAGACACAACAGGAGGAAGAUCAUCGACAGGAUGAGGACUGUCUUUGUCCAAACAUUUGCUCGAGGGUCAAUCCUGAGCAUGAUGUCUAAAGUCAGACGCAAGCAGGCCUCCCAUCAAGGACAGGAAGUUGUGGAAUUAGACACUUCACAGCUGAUUAAGAGUGUGGAUAACCUUUUAACAGAGGUCAUUACACCAAAAGAUCAGGAUACAAGAAGUGGGUCAAGAGAGGUUUGCCUCUUUGAGACUUCUGACAGCAACAUUUCCAAUGGCAAGCUGAAAAGUUUUGCUGAGAAGCUGCGUGACACAUUGGACGACCACUUGACACCACUAGUAGUCCAAGAUGAAACACACAAAGAGGAGAUUCAGACUGAAGUAGACAAUGUCGUUAAACGGAUAAGGAAUUGGCUAAAGAAGCAGAUCCGACUGCACAGAUUUAGGAAGGACAGUGUGAGCAUGACUCUGAGAGAGGUCGAGGAAGUUGUGCUCAUUAAAUAUUCACAUCUCAGUUCCCCCAAAGCAGAAGCUGAGGAUCAGACCUACCCCACAACUGUGCAAGAGGAGGUUCAAAGCUUCAAAGCUGAGAGGGAAGAAGAAGAGGCCUGCCAAGAUGAGGAGGAAGAGGCCUGCCAAGAUGAGGAGGAGGAAGAAGAGGCCUACACACCUGAGGAGCAAGUAGAACAGGCUCAGGUGGCAAAAGCAUCAUGUGAACACACGGAAUCUGUUAGACGGAAGUGGGACCGACUGACUUGUGGAUUCAUCGUGAAGCUGUUCUUACACAAAGUCAUGAAGGAUUACUCCCUCCAUGUGGAUUACAAAUCAGUGGAAGCCAGACUGACAGACAUGCUGAUUGAAGAGAUGAUUGGUACUGACAUUAAUGUGGAUUUGAGCCUGAAAAGCAUCAACAAGAAAUGCAAAGCUGUGUACAAAGACCUACGCAAGAAGGUUGGUGGCGGAGUUCUUUGGAUAAGUCUUUUAAAGCAGAAAGAAACAGUCAUUGAGGCUGCGGCUGAGGCUCUAAAAAAGCAUUUUUCGCCGCAAAGACCCAGCGGCAUCCAAAAGGUCUUGAGACGUGUAUUCCGGCCUUUCACUGCCCUCUUAAACGGCGCUAGAAACAUCAGGGUUUGGGUGGGUGGGUACAUGUAG